AUGUCGGCAGCCAAUGGUGAACGAAACGGAGCAUUUGCACUGCAUACACCCGAAGGCGAGAAGACUAAAAGUGAGUUGGCGGCGCAGUCCGGCAACUCAGAACCUGCACCGGCAGACAGCGAUUUGAAGCAAAUACUUAAGGCCUUGGUAGAAGGUCAAAAAGAACUACUCGGCAGAUGGAACCUUGGGAGUGGCGGCGAGCUAACUAAGCAUCAAGCCGCCCCAGCUUCAAAAGAAAAAGACCCAAAGGAUGAAGCAGACCUUCAAGAAAUUGCGAUCAAGCGAGUCUCCCCAGGGGAUUGGCGAAAGGUCAAAAAAGAAGGCAAAAUUGACCUUCAGGAGAGCAUCCUUCUUGUUUCUUCGAAAGCCUAUGCAAGGUCUCAACUACGCCGACUGGGCUACAAACUGCCAAGAAUACUGGACAAAAAGUCUUCAGAGGCCGCUACUGAGUCAAGUAGUGAGAUUCAAAACGUGUUUGUUCGCCCGUUCAAGUAUCUCGUCGCGUACGAAUCCGAUAUCAGACAGUGCCUCAAGGAGGCCGAGACAGCCUACGACCAGGCUGUAUCUAGGCGGGAUGAAAUGAGACAGGAGAACCCCACAACUAAUGUCCGUAAAAGCAACAAUAAGGCUGGAAAUGUGGUUAACAAACCAGAACAACAAAACCCAGCCCGUGUCACCAAAGACGACGACACAAACAAUGCCGGAAGUUCAGCUUCACCAGCCAAAAGAGAAAGAGAUGAGCUUCGUUGCCUUGUGAAAUUUAUGGAUACCGAUAUGCACGAUAUAUUUGACGCAAAACGCCGAAUUUCCGACGGGGAUAUCACUGAGAUUGCUUUUGAACAUCUAUGGCUACUAUUUAAACCCGGCGAUGUCGUCCUCAAUUCGAGUUCAGAUGAGAAUCGGAACUGUCGUCAAGCUUAUCGGGUUUUAAAUAUCACCGGCGGGAGAGCCUACUUUGACAGCGGCUACAAAGCCCGCUUCAGUGGUAUCAUUGAUUAUAUCGGGGAUUCAGAUUCGGAGAAUGAAGAGAAGUGUGGUGACGCUAUCAAAUGUUCGGGCAUGGACACGACGUGCUUUAUUAUCGACGCUUUCUAUAUCGACUUUGACGGGGUUAAGCUUGGCGCCAGAUCAAAAAGAUUUGCAAUUCCACCAUACAAAGGUACAAGACCUGUAACUUCACUGGUACCGUUUCCGCUGCUUCCUAGCCCAGAGAGUGAACAAAUACAACAGACGCUCAUUGAAAGAGGGCGGCGUUUCGUGCAACUUGUCCCUGGAACACAUAAAAAAUACUCAGGACUUACGGUCCAGGAGGGGAAUCAAACCUCCAAAGGGCGCAAGAAUUGGAUUAUAAAAGAAACAGAGUUACAUAGCGAAAUAGUGGUAGACCAGGCAGCCGGAGUUGAACACUUCAAACAAAAGGUGUCCCAGUUUGGAAGAAGCCUGAAAUUCGGGUCCGGCGCCAUCGCUAAAGCAACCCCACAGGACAAGAAGGAGACAUUUGAUCCUUUGCCUGAGCAAGAGGACGGUAAUUGGAUUACGGACGUCUUCGACGACUCCAAAUUUGAGGAAGAUCGUCAAAAUGAUUUCCGACGAACCACCAAUCUUCUAGACUUACGAACACUGCAGCAAAAGCCCGUCCCAAACGAUCAUCUGAUGCUUCUUCCUUAUCGGGCCUACGGGUACGGUCUCCUUGAUCACAAGUGGCUUCCUCUAAAUAUCAACAAAAUCGAAGAUUUACCAGUAACCGGGCAAGAGGCACAAGGGGCUAGAUUUGAGGAUCUAGUUCUACCGGAGGGUCAUCGAGUGUUGCUUCAAGCGUUAAUCAAAAACCAGGUCGAACAUCCGAAGGAAAAGUCUGGGGGAACUGAUGGGACACACGAGCCACUUGCACUGGAUGCUGUUCUCGGCAAAGGCAAGGGGCUUAUCAUCCUUUUGCACGGCGCCCCGGGAGUUGGCAAAACCUCUACAGCUAAGUGCAUAGCAUCCCAGUUAAAGCGGCCCUUGUUGCCGAUAACGUGUGGUGAUAUCGGCACCACUGCCCAGACUGCAGAAGCAACCCUUGAGUUCUUUUGCGUUUUGGCGCAUAGGUGGAGAUGUGUAUUGUUACUCGACGAGGCGGAUGUUUUCCUCGCGAAAAGAGAGAAAGGAGAUAUAAUACGCAACAGUCUUGUUUCCGUCUUCCUCCGAGUUUUGGAGUAUUAUUCUGGAGUCAUCAUUCUGACAACAAAUCGCGUUGGCGAAUUCGAUGAAGCAUUCAGAUCCCGGAUCCACAUGAGCCUCUACUACCCAAAACUUGACGAAAUGUCGACUAAAGAAAUAUGGGCUGAAGGCAUCGCCCAGACAAGCGCCCAUUUCGACGACUACAUUAGUAACAUCCACGGGACACAAGAGGACGAUACGUACAGAAUCCUUGCUGAGCGAGAGGAAAUUCGUAAGGAUACCUACAACGUACCCCCCUCAAACCAGUCAAUGCAAGUUGGCCGUCCAAAGAGGAAUCCACCACCUCCACGUCGUAGAAUCUACCGACGCAACUCCGGGCUGCCACAGAGUCGCGGGUAUGAAUAUGAAGAUGACAAUGAAUCCUCGGAGGAAGAUAUUGAGCGUUUGAAGUUGAAGCUAGAGUUGGCGAAGUUGAAAAACAAGAAAGGGAAGAAUGAAAAGGUGGAAUCGGACGAGGAGAGUGACGAAGAGGAAGACGCAGCUUGGUAA